AUGUUUUAUUCAAUCGUUAUAUGUAUUAUUAGUUUAACUAUUAUAACACAAAUUUCAAGUGAAAAUUUGAAUGGAAUUUAUGUUAUUGAUUCAUGUGAAUGUAGUUCUCCAACAGAAAAAUGUGAACCAAAAGGACCAUUUAUAUUAGAUCAACAACGAACAUCGUUUGCUGUUCGAUAUGGUGCAGUACAAGUUGGUGUUGGAACAUCAGGAAAUAAUCGUCUGGAUUUAUAUUUAAAUAAAAAUCGUUGUAAAGGUUCAUGGAAUGGAAAAAGUCGUUUGGCCGAUUUAAAAUGUCAACAUGAAAAUGGUAUUAUUUGUUCAACAAAACUUCGUUGUGUUUCAGGUGCAUGUCUUGAUGAUAAAUCAAAUAUUGUUGCAUCAUCAAGCAUGACCAUAACUACUUCUAUAUUAUCUCUUAUCACUAGUUUAUUGAUAUUAAUUUAUUAG